AGUAAGGCCCUAGCGCGCCCUCAUGGAAUCGCUCUUGCAGCACCUGGAUCGCAUCUCCGAGGUUCUGGCUGUCUCCCGCACACCCCAUGUUAGUAGUUGGGACGCUGUCGCCGUGCGUAGGGCCUUGCAGUGGGCUCGCUACAUGCGCCACGUCCACAGGCGCUUUGGUGGCCAUGUCCCCAUUCGCACGGCACUGGAGCGGCGGCUGCAAAACCGGUGGAAGCAGGAGGACGGCUCCGGGCCCGCUGCUGUCCCCGGGUUGAAGAGCUUCCGGGAUCUGGGGCGCUGCGACAUCCUACUGUCUCAACGCCUGCUGGACAACCGGGCCCUCGGGGGUGCCGCCUUUCAUUGCCUGCUGCAGCAGCUCUUUCCGGGCCCUAGCGUCCCGGACGCCGAAGAGGAGACGCCCCAGGGCCGCCUGGCCCUCCUUGCCCGCCGCCGGUCCGCAGUCCACCUGAUGCGCUUCAACGGUUUUGGAGAGAACUCGGCCGUUUGGAACGACUUACUGGUAAAGACUCAGGCGGAGCUGCUGCUGGAGCGUCUGCAGGAGGUGGGCAAGGCCCAAGCGGAGGGCCCCAGCAGGUUGCUCAGCAGCCUGUGGGAGCGCUUGCCUCGGAACAACUUCCUGGAGGUGAUAGCGGCCGCGCUCUUGCUGCCGUCGUCAUCCUCCCGGCCCCCCAAAGAGGAGUUGGAACUGAGCAGCUCCAGAACUCAGGGAGAGGGGGGUCACGAGCUGGUUCACUGGCUUCUGGGGAAGUCGGACGUCAUGGCUACUUUUUGUCGCAGCCUCUCAGCCGCGCUUUUAACUUCGGUGGCUGGCCGCCAUCCAGAGCUUUUUCGAGUCUAUCUGGGUCUGCUCACGGAGUGGGGUCGACAUCUGCACUACGAUCUUCAGAAAGGCAUUUGGGUUGGAGCUGAGGACCGAGAUGUGCCGUGGGAGGAGUUGUACAGCAGGUUUCAAAGCCUCUGUCAGGCCCCUUCACCUCUGAAAGACGAAGUUCUAACGGCUCUGGAGGCCUCUAAAGCACAAGAUGGAGAUUUUGAAGUCCCUGGUCUUAGCAUCUGGACAGACCUGUUGUUAGCUCUUGGGAGUGGUGCAUGAUGUUGCAUUGGGGAAAAUACAAGGUUUAGGUCUCAGCCCGGGUCCCAGAUUUCUCUGGACAACGUUUUGUUAUUGAUUACUUGAAUAUACGGUUUACAAAGUUAAAAUUCCAGUGUCCCACCAAAUCUAUAAUGUGUCCAAAAUAUUCUAGGUGCUAAUUUAUAGUAGGUGUAAUUAUAAUCCACAAUUAGAAAUAUGUAAAGUAACUGGCUUGUGGUGCCAUGGAUUUUUCUGGAUAGAGGAGGUGAUAUUGGAAGUAUCCUACUUAAAGCCAUGUAAUUAACAAUAGUUUGCUUUUUAGGAAUGCUGAAGAGAUACAUACUUUUCAAAUAAAAAAAAAACACUUUAAAUU